AAGUUCGGCUGCAUUUCCGCGGAUCUGGCAACCCGCUCUGUCAGCGCUCAGUCAAGGAAGCUCGUUAGUAAUGUGGCUUCAAAAUCUCACCGACGCUUCAUCACAACUAGUCGUUUAUUAGCUGUAGGCAUUGUUCAACGGAUAGUUACAGCAGUGAAACUGCUUCCUGAAAGUACAGUUGCAUUUUCGGCGUAAAAAUCUCGUUUUCGCGCUGCGCAGGAUCAGGCCGGACACACUCAGCGCUGCAGAAGCUCGGCCUCUCCGAGAGGCUUGGAUUGCACAGAUGAUCGCAGAUCUUUGUCACCUGACCGCCGCUGAACUCUGAUUGUCCGCUGAUGACGUGCUGUGAGACCAUGUCCCUGCGGAACGUCACGAGCGAUCUCCUGCGCCGGCAGAUCCGGGAGAACCGGGCUCUGGACUUCCAGAGACACUAUCAUGUGACCGACCCGUUUAUAAAGCGUCUGGGGCUGGAGGCCGAACUACAGGGUCACUCCGGCUGCGUCAACUGUCUGGAGUGGAACGAGAGAGGAGAUCUCUUGGCCUCCGGUUCGGAUGACCAGCACGCCAUCAUCUGGGAUCCCUUCCGGCACACCAAGCUCAUCACUAUGCACACGGGACACGCAGCCAACAUCUUCUCAGUGAAGUUCCUGCCUCACUCCGAGGACCGAAUCUUAAUCACGGGAGCCGCCGACACCAAGGUGCACGUGCACGACCUGACGGCGAAGGAGACCAUUCACAUGUUCUCGGAUCACACCAACCGCGUCAAACGCAUCGCGACGGCUCCCAUGUGGCCCAACACCUUCUGGAGCGCAGCUGAGGACGGGGUCAUCCGGCAGUAUGAUCUGAGAGAAAGCAGUAAGCGAUCAGAGGUGUUAAUCGAUCUGACGGAGUAUUGCGGGCAGCUCGUGGAAGCCAAAUGUCUGGCCGUCAACCCUCGUGACAACAACUACCUGGCUGUGGGAGCCAACGGGCCCUUCGUCCGCCUCUAUGACAUCAGAAUGAUCCACAAUCACAGGAAGUCAAUGAGUCAGAGUACCUCAGCCGGCGUUCACACGUUUUGCGACAAGCGGAAGUCGAUACCGGACGGCGCUGGACAGUACUAUGUCGCAGGUCAUUUACCAGUAAAGCUUCCUGACUAUAAUAACAGAUUACGAGUUCUGGUGGCCACCUACGUUACUUUCAGUCCUGACGGCACUGAACUGCUGGUAAACAUGGGUGGAGAACAGGUGUAUUUAUUUGAUUUGACGUUCAAACAAAGGCCGUACACCUUUCUGCUGCCCAAAAAAUGCCACACGUCAUCGGAGGUACAGAACGGGAAGACGACCAACGGCGUGUCCAACGGGAUUCAUCUUCCCGCCAGCCGCCUCAAACUGGCGAAGGUUUCCAGUGGCUCUAGUGAUCUUCCUCCUCAUCUGGAGCGGAUCAAGCAGCAGGCUAACGACGCGUUCGCACGACAGCAGUGGACUCAAGCCAUUCAGCUCUACAGUCUGGGCAUCCACGAGGCCGGACACAACGCAAUGCUGUACGGAAACCGCGCCGCGGCGUACAUGAAGAGAAAGUGGGACGGUGAUCACUACGACGCCCUGCGGGACUGUCUGAAGGCCUUGUCUCUGAACCCGGGUCAUCUGAAGGCGCAUUUCCGUUUAGCGCGCUGCCUGUUUGAGCUCAAGUACGUGGCCGAGGCUCUGGAGUGUCUAGAUGACUUCAAGGGCAAGUUUCCGGAGCAGGCGCACAGCAGCGCGUGCGACGCGCUCGACAAAGACAUCAAGGCGGCCCUCUUCUCCAAAACUACAGACUCCUCUGAUGACAAGAAGGGGAACAACUCCAUCCGCUUCCACAAUUUCAGCCGGAAGGAGUCCAUCCCGGAGGACGAGAUCGUUAUGAGAGAGCGAAGCUUCGAUUACAAGCAUCGCUACUGUGGCCACUGCAACACCACCACUGAUAUUAAAGAAGCCAACUUCUUUGGAAGUAAAGGUCAGUACAUUGUGAGCGGUUCAGACGACGGCUCGUUUUUCAUCUGGGAGAAAGAGACGACGAACCUGGUGCGGAUCUUACAAGGAGACGAGUCUAUAGUGAACUGCCUGCAGCCGCAUCCCAGCUACUGCUUCCUGGCCACCAGCGGCAUCGACCCCGUGGUGCGGCUCUGGAACCCCAGACCGGAGUCGGAGAACGAGAACUGUCGGGUGGUGGAGGACAUGGAGGGCGCGGCUCAAGCCAACCAGAGGCGCAUGAAUGCGGAUCCGCUGGAGGUGAUGCUGCUGAACAUGGGCUACCGCAUCACGGGUCUGAGCAGCAGAGGCGCCGAGGGCUCGGAUGACGAGGAGAGCUCGGAUAGCCACGUUCAGUGCCGCUCCAGCUAGAACGCCGCGGUCUUCUAUCUCCACGUCCCACCUUCGACAAGAGGGCGAAGCACCUUAGAUAUUUACUUUGCAAUUUCAGUUCUACGACACCGAGUGAAAGAAUGCCGCCGCUCCGCACUAUGCAGAUGGAACUUUCCUCCGUGAGUUUCCCCUCGCACAAUCCAAGAAGUCAAAGCUCUUUCAGAUCAAUAUCCGCAACACAUUUUGACAGGAGCGUCGGCGUACCGUCAGGUUAAAGUUCGUUUCCAAAGUCGCACCGCGCUUGCGUCUUUCUACUGCGGGCUUGCUAUCGGAUGCGAUUUUGUCUCAUUUAGUUUUUUCAGAAUGAACUUGAUAUUUGAGCGUCAGAGUGUUAUUGUUCAUAAAAAAAAAAAAAUAAAGUUUAUAGGUCUGCAGCACUUUCUUUUGGAAAAUAUUCUGGAUAAAUAAACAGUGUUUAUGUUCGACCCAGACUUGCAUUGAGAUGUUCAUCGAGUCGGGUUUGCUGAGACUGAAAAUGUUUGAUGUUGAUGUUGAUGGUGAUGAUGGAGGGAUUUGUUAUUAUUUUUUUACCUUUUUCUUCAUCGGCACGAGCAGGACGUCUGACCGUUGGCCUUUUAUCUUCAUUCUUGAACCUGAGAAGAAGAAUAAAGACAGAGACUUUUUACAGCUUGCAUUGAGAAGAUGAGAUUUAACUGCGGUUAAAAGAAAGCAGAAUGGGCUCUAUUUUGGGAUACGUGUGUUUAUGUUUCACUGUGUUCAUUUUCUCUUGGGAUUUCAGUACAGUUUAGUGCAACAUUUAAGAAAUAAAUGACAUUUAAAGUUCUGCAGCAGCUCUGUCGUUGCGAACAUGAUCAUUGGUGGGGUUUUUCAGAGGAGCGCAGUAGAAUAUAUGAAUAAAAUUAACUUUUAUCGUCGACGGCAUGGCUUUAUAAACACAGUAAUAACGAUCGAUUGCAUUACAGACAGUGGAGCUGUUGACACUGGAAGCACCAGACAGACACAACGCACAGCCACUCUAUUUUCCCAUCUGUCUCAAAUAAAAUUAAUUUAUUUACAAA